AUGGCGGAUGAAAUUGUUAUUGACAAGUCCACCUUCUUUAGCCGGCUAUCAAGUUUCUAUACAGCAUGGAAGGCAGACAGGCGCUCGGGGAAUACUAUAUUCGGUGGUGCGGGUUCAAUCAUCAUCUUGAUGGGGAAAACGGAUGAGGCCAACAGCUUUCAAAAAAACAAUGCCAUGCACUUUUGGCUACUCGGCUAUGAAUUCCCCGCGACGCUUUUGGUGUUCACAACUGAAGUCAUGUACGUUGUGACCACUGCAAAAAAAGCAAAGCAUCUUGAGCCUUUGAAGGGCGGCAAAAUCCCGGUCGAGAUCCUACUUACUUCCAAAGAUUUAGAAGAGAAAACAAAAUCUUUUGAGAAGUGUCUUGAAGCCAUCAAGUCCUCUGGUAAAAAGGUUGGCGUGCUGCCCAAAGACACAACCACUGGCCCGUUCGCAGAAGAUUGGAAGCGUGCUUUCGCAAAUAUAACACAAGAUGUCGAAGAGGUUGACAUCUCGCCUGCACUCUCCGCGGCGGCCUUCUCCGUGAAGGACACAGAUGAACUUGUGUCGAUCAGGAAUGCGUCCAGAGCGUGCAGUGGCAUAAUGUCAGAUUACUUCGUCGAUGAGAUGUCCCGCCUACUUGAUGAAGAAAAGCAAAUGACGCAUAAGGCCCUAUCGGCGCGUCUUGAUGCAAAAAUUGACGACAGCAAAUUCUUCAAUAAGCUUGCGAAGCUACCAGCCGAAUUUGAUUCCCAGCAGAUUGAUUGGGCUUACGGACCUGUCGUUCAGAGUGGUGGGAAAUACGACCUCAGGCUAACAGCUUUGCCUGAUAACUACAACCUUCGACCAGGGAUCAUCAUUGCAGGCUUUGGGAUUCGCUACAAAAUAUACAGCUCAAUUAUUGCACGUACCUAUCUAGUCGACCCGACCAAAUCCCAGGAAGCCAAUUAUGCCCUGUUAUUGAAUAUUCACGAAACGAUCUUGAAGGAUGUUCGUGACGGAAUAGUGGCCAAGGAUCUGUUCAACAAAGCACUUGGUCUAAUACGCACGAAGAAGCCCGAUCUUGAAUCCCACUUCGUUAAGAGUGUUGGCGCCGGCAUAGGCAUUGAACUUCGGGAUGCAAACAUGGUACUGAAUGGGAAGAACAGCCGGGUGUUGAAAAGUGGCAUGACUCUUUCUAUCUCGGUUGGACUUACUGAUGUAAAAGAACCUGACGCGAAGGAUGAGUCUAACUCCUUGUACUCGAUGGUUAUCACCGAGACUGUGCGUGUGGGGGAAAACGGACCACACGUGUUCACCAAAGACGCUGGUAUCGACAUGGACUCGGUUUCAUUCUACUUUGGGGAUGAAGAGGAUAACCAAAAGCCAGUCAAGGAGAAAAAGGAAGUCAAAUCCAGCUCAAUUGCCAGCAGGAACGUCACGCGUACAAAGCUUCGUGCAGAACGGCCCACCCAAGUCAACGAGGGCGCAGAAGCUCGCCGUCGCGAACAUCAGAAAGAGCUGGCCUCCAAAAAAACCAAGGAAGGCCUUGAUAGGUUUACUGGUACCACAGGAGAUGACAACGGAGUGACCCAAAAGAAGUUCAAACGUUUUGAAUCCUACAAGAGGGACAAUCAACUUCCCGCUAAGAUCAAAGAUUUGAUUGUUUACGUUGACCAAAAAGCGUCCACAGUGAUCGUUCCAAUAAUGGGUCGUCCGGUACCGUUCCACAUCAACACCAUAAAGAACGCCAGCAAAAGUGAUGAGGGUGAAUAUGCGUAUCUCAGGAUCAACUUUCUUUCUCCUGGUCAGGGUGUUGGUAGGAAGGACGACCAGCCAUUCGAGGAUCUCUCGGCCCAUUUCCUACGAAACUUGACACUUCGGUCCAAGGAUAAUAAUCGGCUGGCCCAAAUUGCCCAAGAUAUUACUGAGUUGAGAAAGAACGCUCUGAGACGUGAGCAAGAGAAGAAGGAGAUGGAAGAUGUGGUAGAGCAAGAUAAGCUCAUCGAGAUACGAAAUCGCCGGCCAGUGAAGCUGCCCGAUGUCUACCUUCGACCCCCACUCGAUGGAAAGCGAGUUCCCGGUGAAGUCGAGAUUCACCAGAACGGUCUUCGUUACAUGUCCCCUUUCCGCAAUGAACAUGUGGAUGUGCUUUUCAGCAACGUGAAACAUUUGUUUUUUCAACCUUGCGCCCAUGAAUUGAUCGUGCUAAUCCAUGUUCACCUGAAAACGCCCAUCAUGAUCGGCAAGAGAAAGACCAGGGACGUUCAAUUCUAUCGGGAGGCAACUGAAAUGCAAUUUGACGAAACUGGCAACCGCAGGCGCAAGCACCGUUAUGGGGACGAAGAAGAGUUUGAGGCCGAACAAGAAGAGCGACGACGAAGGGCGGCUCUGGAUCGCGAAUUCAAGGCUUUCGCUGAAAAGGUGGCUGAUGCCGGAAAGGACGAAGGCGUCGACGUCGAUAUUCCUUUCAGGGAAAUUGGAUUCACCGGAGUUCCGAAUCGUUCAAACGUAUUGAUUCAGCCAACUACAGACGCUCUCGUCCAGCUGACAGAACCCCCAUUCCUUGUGAUCACGUUGAAUGAAAUUGAAAUCGCCCAUUUGGAAAGAGUUCAGUUCGGGCUUAAAAACUUCGACUUGGUUUUCGUGCUAAAGGAUUUCCAGAGGCCCCCUGUGCACAUUAACACCAUUCCCGUAGAAUCUUUGGAAGGCGUCAAAGACUGGUUGGACUCGGUCGAUAUUGCCUUUACGGAGGGACCGUUGAACCUCAAUUGGACGACAAUCAUGAAAACGGUCGUGAGCGAUCCGUAUGGCUUCUUUGCCGACGGUGGAUGGUCAUUCCUGGCGGCGGAAUCUGAUUCUGAAGGCGGCUCGGAGGAAGAGGAAGAAUCGGCAUUUGAACUGUCCGAGUCGGAACUGGCUGCUGCGGAUGAAAGCUCUGAAGAAGAAAGCGAAUUUGACGAUGAUGCCAGUGCGGAUGCAAGUGAUGAUUUCAGUGCAGACGAAGAGAGUGGGGAGGACUGGGAUGAAUUGGAGGUCAAGGCAAAGAAGAAAGACAAGGAAAGUGGAUUGGAUGAUGAGGAACGGAGCAAAAAGCGGAAGCGGUAA